AUGGUGGACUCGGAUGUUUUUUUGACCCGCCAUGGCGCACGCAUUGACAAAGAAGACAGGCAUUGGCUUUCGAAGGCGGGACACCAUCGCAGGGACGACCCGCAGCUGUCGCCCGCAGGGCACUUGGGAGCUGCGGAGCUGGCGGCCAAGUGUCACCAGCUGCACCAAGAGAGGCCUUUCGCACACAUCAUCAGUUCGCCCUUUGUGCGCUGUGUGGAAACAGCCCUGCCCGUAGCCAAGUCGCUGGAGCUUCCGAUCAAAGUGGAGCCGGGCAUCUGCGAGAUCCUCACGGUCUUCCCCCCGGGCUUCCUGGAUGCGGAGGAACUGCAGAAAGAUUUUGGGUCCAUAGACCUCUCCUACCAGCCCUUCCUGCAACGUUCGCAGCUCCGUGGCGAGAGCUCGGACUUCCAAGCGGCCGAGCGCGCGGCCAAGACGGCCAGGGCGCUACGGGAGAAGUUGCCAGGACGCAUUUUGUUCGUUGGACACGGCGCUUCCUGCUUGGGCAUUGCGGGGGCUUUUGGGAGGGAAGACUACGUCGGCUACACCAGUUUGAGCCACUUUGUGUAUGAUGGCACCUGGAGAGUCAAGAGCUUCAAUGCUGUGGAACAUUUGAGUGACAAAGAAACUUCACUCGCCAGCGCGUUCUGAUAAAAA